GCUUGAAGGUCCGCGUUGCUCUGCGACCUUCGAAAUCAAUUGCUCUCUAUGAUGUAACAAUCUCUGGGUUUAGCGCGCUGUCGGCGCGUCGCCUUCAAACAGCGGCGAAUGCAGCCUGCAGCCUCCAAGUUGAUUGCCUAAAUACGCGCGUUAGCCCACAACUAUCAGAAAGGAAACCUGCAGCAAUCGUUUCGCAGCUAAAUACGCUCCUGCACGAGCUGUGAUUGGCAUUUGUCACGCCGCUGCAGAGUCUGCCACACAGCUCUGUUGUACUGCAUGCGCUGAAGGCGAGCGAUGGCCACCUGGGCGAGCGACGCGCUGCCACCCUGCGACGACGACGCCGCAGCAGAAUAUGACGACGAUUCCAUCCCGGCGGACGGCGUCCUGCUGCAGCGCGGCGGCACGGGCCCCGCCGGCGAGUCUAUAGUGAUGGAAACGGGACAGGCACCUUCAUUAUAUGUGGUCAUCCACAACAUCAAGAGCUCCGAUAAUGUUGGACAAUUAAUACGGACAGCCGGCGCGUUCGGCGCGAAAGAAGUCCUUGUCGUCUCUGCGGAACGAACCGCGAGACGCAUGCGGAAAAAUCUCAGAACCUUCGGCGCCCACGGCUCGGACAAGCGCGUGCCCAUGCGGGCCUUCGCUUCAUUAGCUCAGUUGAUAGCGUGGGUUAAAUCCCAAGGUUGUCGCGUCGUGGGCGUCGAGAUUGAUGAUAGUGCGGUGAGCUGCUUCUCCCCCGAAGCCUGGCCGGUGCGACCGACCUGCCUAUUGCCAGGAAACGAGGGCGACGGCCUCAGUCAAGCGCAGAUUGAGUUGUGCGAUGCUCUCGUUUACGUCCCGCAGUAUGCGGCCGCCACGGCGUCCCUAAACGUGAACGCGGCGACGGCGUGCGUGUUGUCGUGCUUCGCGCACGCCGUCGGCUAUGCCGAGGAGCGAAGGAGUGGGGCGAAGUUCGCGGUCCGGGACCCGCUCCACGCGCUGUGGCGGCCUAAGAGCUAGUGCUGUG